AAAGGAUCAUUUGAUAGUGUAUAAAACUAUUACUGAAUGUCCUUUGGGACAGCCUAGUUGGUUUGGAGGGCGGUUACCCACCCAGUUUGCAGGCUAUUGCAUCGGGGGAUUCAAUGCACACACAGUGCUCACUCGAAGGACAGAGCAUGUAGUGAAAAGUUUCCAAAAAAAAAAAACUUGUACCAAAUAUAAAAUUUGGAGUGAUAAAAGCUACUUACAAGAAGAAAACAUAAACCAAGAAUUCAGAGAAAAAGAAGAAAGCCAAAAUGGCAACAUCUUUCCCCAUAAAUGAUGAUGAUGAUAGUGCUUAUAGCUACUCCAAAAACUCCCAAAUGCAGAGAGAAAUAUUAGAUGAUUCAAAGGAAAUGGUGAGAGAUGCAAUUAUUGAAAAACUUGACAUGAAAAUCAUGUUAUCUUCUUCAAACACAUUACGUAUUGCAGAUUUGGGAUGUUCAGUUGGACCAAACUCUUUAGUUGCAAUGCAACAUGUUGUACAAGCUCUAAAGGACAAGUACCAUGAUAACAUUCUUGAAUUCCAAGUAUUUUUCAAUGAUCAUGUUACUAAUGAUUUCAAUGCCCUCUUUCGAUCACUACCCAUCGAUCGAUCCUACUAUGUAUCUGGAGUUCCAGGAUCUUUCUAUGACAGAUUAUUUCCAUCGCGAUCGAUACAUUUUGUACAUUCCUCUUGUGCUAUACAUUGGUUAUCUAAGUGUCCAGAAGAGUUGUUAGAUGAAAAAUCUCCAGCAUGGAAUAAGGGAAUGAUUCAUUAUAUAGGUUCAUCAAAUAUUGAAGUGUUGAAUGCUUAUGUUUCUCAAUUUGAAAAGGACAUGGAAAUGUUCUUAAAUGCAAGAGCUGAGGAGAUUGUUGAAGGUGGAAUGAUGGUGCUAAUUUCACCAUUUACUAGUGAUUCUCUCAUGGAAUUUUUUGGUUCUAGUCUUAUGGAUUUGGUGAAUGAGGGAAAGUUAGAUGAAUCUUUAGUCGACUCAUUCAAUUUACCGAUGUACUUUCCAUCUCCUGAAGACAUGACAAAAGUGGUGGAGAAAAAUGAUUAUUUUAGCAUAGAGAGAAUAGAGUUAACAUAUCCGGAAUCAGAGGUUGAGCACGAUGCAAAGAUAUUAAUGAUAAAUCUAAGCGCUAUUUUACAAGGAGUUUUGAUCAAUCACUUUGGAAGUAAAAUAGCAGAAAAAACUUGUGCAAGGACUGUUCUCAGAAGUGAAGAGAUUUCAGCAUGGAUGAAAGCUAAUGCCGAAAAAUCAGGCCAAUUAUUUAUCGCUUUGAAGCGUAAAUAAAUUUCUUUAGAAGAAUCUAUCUAUCAAUAUGUUAUAUAAUUCAGGUUUAUGGAGAGAUGGAUGAUAUGAUACAUAUUAUCGAGAUGUUUAGCUACUUAGUAGGCAUUUGGUCAUAGAUCAAAUAUUUUUAUUUUAUUUGAAAGCUAUGAAGUUGAAAGUGAAGAUAAAGUUGUGUUUGUUUAUAGGCUUUUUAAAAUGGAAGAUUAAUAGAACA